UUGUCAAAGUUAUAAAAAUAUAUAUUUUGCAUACACGUAGAAACUUUAAUUUCGCAAAAUAGAAAACUAUUCCUUUUGUUUAUUGCAAAAAAUUUCGAACUAAAAUUAAGCUAUUGUCCUCAAUAUGUCUAUUGUAAGUGAUCAGAUUAUUUUUUUACGUUUUGCACGGAUAAAAUGUCAAUGUCCUUUCGUGAAAUGUUUUGGUGGUUGGGCGUACACAAAGCAUUUAUUUCAUUAUAUUCCUAUUGUUUUGACCAAUUUGAGUUGUUAAGACUUUUGUUUAUUGUUUAUGGAUUUUGCAACGGAAAAACUUGAUUUAAAAAUUUGUAAUUCAUUUGACUAUUUAUGACAUGACGUGUUAUUAUUUUCAUUUUCAUUCAUGAGCAUAACUCAUGUAUUGUGUGCUAAUAAAAUUCAUCGUCAAAUUCGUUUGUAUCAGCACUGUGAUGUACAUCUGCAACUUGAAAUCGAAAAGCUGAAACAGGCGUUGCUUGAAAAGCAAUCUGAAUUGAUAUCUAUGGAAACGGCUUGUUUGCGCGAAAGUGACCGACAAGUUGAACUAGAGGACAGCAUUAUUGCAUGGCAGGACAAGUACGAUCGGUUGUAUGAAUCGCAUAAAAGAGUCCAAAAAGUGAAUCAAAAUUUGGAGGAUAAAUUGUUGAAACUGGUAGAUAGAAAUUCUGGAGAGCGUGCACAAUUGACUAGUGAUGUGGCAACUCUUAGCGUUAGAUUAGCACAGGCCAAUUACAAUAUUGCAACACUGCAGCGAGAGAUAGAGAGAUAUAAAACUGACAUGAGUCUGGCAAUUCAGUUACUACAAUGCAAACCUGACCACUUUGUAUCGCAAAAAGUUAUAUCGCUUCCACCUGAAAUACAAUCAAAGGUAGCUCAAUAUAUGAGACUGGAAACUACUUCACAUUCUGACUCAGAGGGCAGUGUGAGUAAUUUUGGAGCUGCUACAUCUGGCUCGUAUAGAGUUUUACCAGCAUCCGAUAGUCCACCGCCAGUAUGUCCAUUCCCACCUACAGGCAUGGUUUAUUCAAUGAGGGGGCACGAUCAAACAACGGACCCCGACCAACAGAUGAUAUCACCAUCAGUAAUGGCCAGAUAUCUGGAGGAAGAAUUAAAAUCUAGCGACAUAAAACACUGUGACACAUGUUUGUGUGUGAGACGAGACAUGACCGUACUGGCCACCAGCGUCCAAUCUUAUACAAUUGGCACCCAAACUGUUCUUCAUGGCGAUGCAAACAAUUCGUUAUGCUUGCGAUGCAACAAUAAUUUAAAUUCGCCGUCGCGCACAAAUAGUCCGUACAUCAUGAAAUUAGUCAAAUCUAGUGACUCUGUUAUAUCGGAGACAAAGAGCAGUGUGUCUGGUUCAAAUGACAAUGACAAAUUGUUUGUGCCAGCCAAGAAAGAUGAUCUGACAGUCAACCCAAUACUGGGACACCAUCGACUGUGUGAUAUUGUAAGCGAUCGCCCACCGAAAAUUUUGAAUAAUGACGAAUGUGAUGAUUUGAUAUCAUACCAGCAGCCGAAAAUGUUGCACACCCUUCCGGCGCCUGUUCAGAAAAAAUCUCCCACACAACUGAAAUCGAGCGAAAAUUUUGCACCACAUACCAACUAUACGAGUGCCAGUCGUAACGGUUGCAAUCGAAGUGAACGGAUGGGUCAUGAUACGGGAAGUACGAACAGCUUGUGGAGCAAGAGCAGCAGUAAUGCAAACAAUAACAGUUCAGUGGACGGAGCUCGAAUGUUCGAAACGUUUAAUCGAAAUCUCAUCAAAUCGAUUAAGGCUGACAAUCCGAAGAUUUCCGGACCUCGGCUAUGUGCGAUGCGAAUUCAAAAUGGGUCGAACAACAUUCUACUGGACAAUAUUGAAUCGACAACAUCACCCAUAAUCUAUACCCGGCGAUCUCGGUUUUUGGACGAUGAGUUGGACGAAACAAAAGAUGUUAUAACAUCCAGCCAGUGUGACAUUCCAACGGAAAUAUCAUCCACUAACAUUUCGAUGGUAAUGCCAAACGGUCAGCCGUCGCUCAUUGAUCAAUCCAUAAAAGGGAACAAAAGUGAUGUGGAAAAUUCGGUAGCUAGUUCAAUAAUUCCAAAGAAAAACGAUUUAUUCGUGUCGAAUGCAAAAGACAUAAAUCUAAUGGAUCAUAUCGAUACAGUGCGGCAUCACCACCGUUUAGAUAAAGUUGAAAAUGAGACAAUUUUGAGUAAAAAUGUUAACAAAAUGAGUGCACAAUCAACUGAACUAGAAAUGCAAGACAACGCUUUUUUACGUCGACAACAGUUAACACGGGUCGCCGAAUGGGUUCAAAAUAAUCAUUUAGAGAAUAUUGAGCCAAUUUCGUCACAAAGUUCCAUGGAUGCGGCAUCAAUAGAUUCAGGCUAUAAGACCAAGGUGAAUAAUAAUUGUGCCGAUACAAAGGUCAUGUUAUUGGAUGGUGAUAAUUGUCUACACAAUGCCGAUAACGGUAACAUUGUCAGCGAUAAUUCGCUGAGUGAUGAUGUGAAACAAAUUGAAUCAAAUUUUGCUCAACUCAACAAUAAUUUGAUCAAUUUGAAUGAACACAUCAAUGGUAUGGAUAGGCAUAGCUGUGUUAGUGCGACCACGAAACAAUCGGUCGGUAGUCAAUGCUUUCCGAAAAAUCAAAAUGCUCAACUAGAUUUAGCCCAAAUGGAAUACAACGUGAAGCAAUUUCUGUUGAAGCAAAAUGAAUGGUCGAACAAUAGGAAAACCAGUGGGGGUGAUGAAUUGAUUGAGGAAAAUGCAGGAAAUGGUACAGAUUUAGCGUCCGAUUUGUCAUUAGCAAAUAAAAAUCCACACAGAACUGAAACCAAUCUUUAGAAGACAAGGGAAACUAUUAUGCCGUAGUAGUAAUUCGCCGUACUCAAUUGCUCAAAAGCUUUGAUCUUUUAUUGUUAUUUCCCGACGUCGUAUCCGAACGUAUGUGUUUACAAAGGGAUGUGGCAUGUCAC